AUGCUUUCUUUUCGUUCUCGUGGCACGUCUCGCCCCAAGAAGGCGGGACUAGCAGCCGACGAUGCGAACGACGAUGUUGGGAGCAGUAUCGAUAGUUCGGGCACCAUCGGUAGUGCUGAAACUAGGGCUAGGGGGUCUAUGAGCUUGAGGGGGCGUCUUGGCUUAAUGGAAACGCUAACGCUUAGAGGGCUGAAGGCUGGGAGUGGGAAUGCAAGUGGAAUGAGGAGUGCGGAUUGCGGGAAAUCAGGAAACGAUAAUAGAGGUCCUGCGAGUGGAGGAUUGCUUGUCAAACAUUCGGCAGGUUACCAAGGUAAUAACAGCGCGGCGAUCAAAUCUGCGGGUGUUUAUGGUGAUACUAAGUUGAAGCACUCUGAAGAGGAUGGCGUUGGUAAGACUGCCGGGGUGAAACAUCCUGAAGAUGGCGACGACAAGGAUGAGUGCGAUCGGGUUGACCAGCCGCAGGGAAGUGGGUCAGACUCUGGAAGGGUUGCGGCUGACCCUGGUAGUGCUGGCCGAGAAGCGAGCGCAGAGGGCAAGACUGCUGCUGUUGGUCUGAGCACAGGCCAAUUGACGGGAACAGCGAUUGACUUUAAUACUCCUCCCCAUCCGCCUCAACAAGUCGCAGGUUUCCCUUGCGAAAGAUUUCCUUCUCUGCCUCCGCGACCCCCAGGCCCUGGACAACCCGCGAAUGCACAGUUGCGAGGAUUACCACCGGUAGUACCAACGGCCGCUGCUGGACGUGCUUUUAGAGCUUCUACUGCUAGUGGCGCUUAUCCGCCAUCUAACCUGCGCCCAUACUCGCCCGCUUCUACCGCCUCUUCGUCUGCUACAAUGACUCCGACAACGUACUCCAGACGGAAUCUUCCGGUAGAAAAUUCACAGAUACAAUAUCCUCCUGCUCCUCGUCGGCUUCACCACUCACGACAACAGCAACCUCCUCCCCAGCAGAGUGCUAACUACCAGCCUCCGCAGAGGCCAGGGCCCAUCAGAUCUGGGGGUGGUUUCCCUCAGUCGUAUUCGUCGUCAUCAUCCGCGAAAACGGGCAACAGUUCAGCUUCUCCCACAACCGAAUCGCUGGAAUCCACAGAGUCUCCGCCCCCGUUGGAGCCAAAAGAUCCUGGCACUAAACCCUCUUCUGAAGAAUCUAUCACUCCAAGCCAGGCCCCAAACCUCGAGCAAGCUCGGGCCUUGCCUGGGCCAUGCUAUUCCCAAAGUUAUGGCCCUCCGAAUUCACAGAUCUUUGUUAAACGUCCACAGCACCCAACCUAUCCCUAUCCUCUGCAGCAACGCACAAUGCCCCGUCCCUUGAGAUCCGCUCCGUUUUUCCACGAGGGCUUGUACUUUGCUCAGAUAUCGUAUAAUACCGUACCUGAAGAGGCAAUGGCUGGCCCUGAACUGUCUUGUGUUCAGUACCCUCCAUUUCACCUUGCCCAUCUGGAUUGCAUGGCUCAGCACAAGGUAAUGCACAAAGUUCACAACAUCCACCACAGUGUUCCUUGUAUGACGUGCAGAACUAUGGGACAUGGUGGCGCCGGGGGGACUAUUGACAAAAGUGACGAUCCCGCAGACUAUCGUUUUGUUUGUGGGUGGUGCGCUAUCCGCAUUUGUACGGGGUGUAGGGAUGAACUCCGCUUCCAGGAUAAUCGUUUGAUGGACCUACUCCGGGUUCUUGGGGAGCGUGAGGGAAAUGGCGGCCCGGGUGAUCCAAAUGCACCUUCGCAAUUGAAGAUCGAGGUACAGCCAAGGGUACCCGAUCUAGGAGGCACCAAACUACCCGUGGAUUCGUCUGCUCCCGCCCAAGCGACAAGUACGGAGGAGUUGUCAAAUUUGUCACAUUUUGGACCACCUGGCUACUCGGGGGAUUCUGCUCCGAUGUCUCGUCCUAGCACUGGCAAUUCUGAGUCUGAAACUUGCGAUCCUCAAGGAAGGCUGAUGAAGUUCAGGGAGUAUGAUGGAGAGCCAUGCUGGCCUCCGCCAACAAGGGGCAAGAGGCAUCCGAUCCUAGACCAGAGGGCUGAACUUACAAACAUCGGAGAAUACCCUCGGCAGAGGAUAUCUUCCCACACACCCAUUGAACCAUCUGGCGUAACCCCACAAAGGAGGUCAAACCAACGGCUACCUGACCCUUUACAACGGAAUCAGCGCGGGCCAACACCUCAGCCAAGCGGUCAGUUUGUUCCGCAGCGGAGGUCUCCCAAACUAGAUUCACCAAAGCCAAGAAAAAGGUCCGACGGGGAGUCUGAGGCACCAGUUGGAUCAACAGAUGGGAGACAAACGCACCAGCAGGCACAGCUUCCCCACCAGGUGCCACCUCCACGUGAGCCAUCGCCACUGCUUCAAGUAUCACCCCCGCGAGGGCCCUCACCGCCUCGUCAGCCCUCACCGCCCGAACGCGGGGCCACCCCUCUCUCAACAUUGGGGGCUAUUGGGCAACAAGAGGUGCCACUAACACCGCCGCCUAAGUCACCGAGGCGUAAGGAAUCUCCGCCAAUCUCCGCGCCAACGGUAGGUAUGGUUGACAUUUCGGGAACUUUGAGGGUUAGUGAACCGGAGGUUUCUCAAUCAAAGGUUAUGCAGCCCGAAGUUAAGGAUCUAGAAGCCAAACAGACUAAGACCGAGCAGCCAGAGGUUAGCCGGGCUCAGAUUGAGAAACCGGAGGCCAAGUUACCUGAAGCUAAGAAACGGCCGACUCCGAGCUUAGGUCGACCCCAGGUCGAGAAAAAACAGGAAAUGCGUGCCGGAUCUCCCUUACCCGGUCCUGGGCCUCAACGGGAGAGUGCCCCCAGACCUGGUGAACCACCUCGAUCCACUCCAUCGCCCCGACCUGAGCCCACCCAGGCGACAAAGGUGGGGGAAAAGUUGGAAGGAACUUCGCACACGGGGCGUGGUACACCUCGGCCGGUUACGAAACUCCCGGAACCGGAGGUUUUGAGGCCAGAGCCAGCCGCUAAACCGAUGCAUAAGCCGACUGAGCCCGUACUGGCGGCAAAGCCGGAGAAACCCGUUCAACCACCGAUAAAACAGGAAAAGGCUUUACCGGAACCGCCAAAACCGGUCAAGAGCAUGAUAGCCGAUUUUCCAAUUUCGAAACCUGUCACUUCUCCUGAAGAGAGGCCGAUAUAUCCUACUAAACCCGAGCCUAAAAUCGAUCUUUCGUACUACAACCUCAAGCCAGCUACAACACGGGAGAGGUACAAGCUGUCGGAUGACAUGCAGUUGCCUGAAAUAGAUUUUGGGGGCACACUGGAUACAAUGGCCAUGACGGACGGCAUUUUGGGAAGACCUGCCAGAACCCAUGAGAAGCCCCCAGCCGCACCAAUAAGACGGGGAGGAGGAGAGAAGGAAGGAAGCAUUUCGGGGAGCAUAAAAGAUAAAAAGAAGUGGCGACUCCCAGGAUUUGGAAAAAAGAAGGUGGAGAGAAAGUAG